AUGGCUUACUCACAGAUAUCUCAAUCCCAGGACUCCUGUAUUGAUUCAGAUAUAGGUCUGAAUUUCACCUCCGACCCUUCCUAUCCAGAUAAUAUUUCCGACUUUAUCGGCAGCCAAACCCCAUUGACAUCUUUUUCGCAAACCCAAACUCCAGUUGCACCAACAUCUCUUAUCCGUCUUGGUCCUUAUCUACAAAAGCACUGGAUCCCAUAUCCUUCUGACUCUAGCUACGGCAAUAUGGAAGAAACUCGAAAGAAGUUUUCAGACUGGUGGCUUACUACUGAGUUCGGAUCGCAACCUCAGACAAGAAAAGAAAUUCACUGGGAAGGAAAAGCAACUUCCGAUGUCUGGGAUAGCUUCCAACAAGUUGCACACGAGAAAAGUGGGAAGCCUAGGGUAAUGUGUAAAUCAUGUCUCUGUACCAUCGGUCAUCCACGCUUCCGUCGAGCAGGGUCAUCACCUAUGAAUGCGCAUCUAAAGACAAGUACUUGUCCCCGAAAACCGACCCCAAAGAAAGGUAUUGAUCAACUUGUAAAGGAAAUGCCUAGUGGCCCAGCAAAACAAUCCUUUUCCCAAGAUCAACUCUCGAAGGCUAUACUUAGCUUUAUCACUACUGCCCAUCUACCCUUUCGUUUAAUUGAACAUCCCCAGUUCCGCAAUUUAGUCGACAUUAUUCAACAAGCUUCAACCAAGAUUACUGUUCCAUCUGCACGGACAAUUCGACGUUGCCUAGACUUGGUUGUCUCCGAGAAUCAGAAACAGACCCUUGCAAAGCUACCUAAUGGAAGCCGUUUGUCAAUUGCACUCGAUUGCUGGACAUCACCAUUCCAGUAG